CACAGGGGCUCCUUCUGUCAGUCCUUUGUCGAGCAUGGCUGUUGGUGUAGCGCGUGGCGGCGUCCUGUCCGACCCUGCACGACCCACUGGCAUGGACCCCCCGCACCUCCCUCCUCUCAUACCACUUCACUUCUCUAUGGACCUGCGGCGGAGGCGGCGGCGGAGUAUCUACCGCUCCCCGCCCCCGCCUCCCUCACCGCAGCACGUCCAGCACCUCCUCCCUGUUUUGACCGCUAAAUCCCAUUUGUCUUCUCACCAGACUAUUGGUGACUUGCAUGUUUACUCUUGGUCUGUAAUGGAUGUUUCACAGGCACCUUCAGCACCCGGCGUUGGACCUGCCGCAACAGUCGACCCCCAGAACAGCAGGAUGCCCCCGUCACCGCCCUCAGUAUACCUCGGUGUCAGGAGGCCCUUUUCAGCCCCCAGCAGCAGGCCUCAAGAGUCGGGGUCCACAGGCAAUAAAUUAAGCACAUUAGAUAGCAGAAGCCCCGGUAUUGAUCUAGGGGCGGCCGAGGAGCGGCAGCCACAGCUCGCCACCCUCUCCACGCUUCACGAAAAACUCAUAUCAUUAAAUCAUGUGAAUGGCGUUGGAGAUAACACCCAGGAAGACCCGGGAACAUUUGUGGCGCAGGACCUGGCCAUCACCCGCCGUGUGAGGUCAGCCCCCGACCUUCACCACGGAUCUCUCGCACCCUCACCCACUCUCUCCCCACGCAGAAAGUCUUUAGUGAAUCUCUCUUAUAACUCGGUUUUACCGUCGUCGGGAUAUAAUUCUUCCUUACCCACUCCUGCGUCAGGAAACACACCGCCGGGAGCUGGUGGAGACCAGCUGCCAGACGUCCCUACACAGUCGCCGUCAGGAGGCGGUACACAAGUGGGCUCGGGGGCCUCCUCAGUGGUACUCAUGAAUAAUCCAGGAACAUUAGGCACAGCAGCAGCACACGGCCACAACCCGCAGUCGACAGCUGUAACUGGAGCUCCCCAUUAUGUUAUUACCGCACGGGGAGUUGUACCCACCAGUGCCGCACCCGCAUCAGCUGCCGCGCCAGGACACGGCUCCCACACCCCACAUCUCACUGACGGAGAAAGUGUAAUCUUAGCAGAGAGACGGAGCAGCGUGUUGGUAAGCCGCGCGGGGGCCGUCUCACCUGAUCACAUGACCACACCUACAUCAGGAGCACUUGAGGAGACCUCGCCCCAGGAGAACGUAUUGUAUGACAAUGAAUACCAAGUGACUCCAGAGACAGUAGCGACUCCUCUCGUACUCCCGUCAUUCCAGGAAGCUACACUGGGCUUCGCCCGCCACGGGACAGGCCACGCCCAGCCUACUGACGAACUUGAGGACCCCCCUGCUACAGACACGAAAGACUUGGUCACCAGGGAGUUGAGGGGAAAUCCCCCACACAGUGAUGUAGACGUGGGAAGAGAGAUGUCGGUGAACACACAGGGGUUGACACACUCGGGUAGUGCUCCUGCUACACCCAACACCGAUGAGGCUCUUACCGCCGAGGCUCCAGCUGACAGGAUCCCCACCUCACCAGCUGCACAACAGGCGGCGUUCCCACACAACUCUCAGAUUUUCUCACUAGUGGAUCACAUCAGCUCUGAUUCUGCGUCAGUAAUCGCUCAAGCGUCCUCCUACGUUGAAGCGGGUGCACGUGUCCCUGAAGAUGGAGUUGCCAUUGAUCAAGCUGGUACGGGUGUUCUCCAGUUGACUACACCUGUUGAUCUGCCUACGCCAAGCACAGUUCUCACACCUGUUGGAACUCCGAUAAUGACUGACGCAUCGACUGUACUUGUUGAUUCCGUCCCGACCACUGACCUUCACACUCAUCUGUUCCCGUCCUUUAAUUCCUCUGCUACCAGGUCUGCUUUCACGUCCAAAGGUCAAAAUGACACUAAGGACGUCGCCCACUCAGCUGUUCAUCCCUCCUUAAUAGCAGCAACAACAUCGGCAGCAGUAGGAGUAGAAACAGCUACACAAAAGCAGAGCAUAACAGCCCCAGCCGCCGUCCCUGUAAAGCCCCUCUCAGAUGGGCCCAUAAAGCCUGGUCGUUUGGAAGCUAAUAAUACAAACCUCGCGGCCUCUCGCGGGGGUUCUCGCGCUAAUCACAAUGAAGACAAUAUAAUGCCAAACCCGCAAGUUGUGCCAACUAUUAGCCAUAAAGUCGACCUAGAGCCGGGGAAAGGCCAUGCUAGAGAUCUCGAAGGACAAACAGGGGACCAAGCAACGCUCAGAGGAAAGGAAGGAAAAGCUGUAGGAGGACAGGGAGGCAAUAAGAGAGAGAAUGGAAUUCAAGAGGAAAAAAAUCUCCCAAGACAACCAGAAAACCACAGUGAGCCACAAGAGGGUCCUGGAAAACAAUUAGAUAACAAAAAACCUCUUGAAGACCCCACAGAUCCCAGAGGUUACGAGUCACUGGAACACCAAGGACAGCGAGACAGUCCCGGUGUUUCGUAUCAGAUGCCAGAAGAGAAUGAGAGAGAUCACAGCCACGAACAAUUUUCUCCCCAUAAAGAAAGUAUCUAUGGGGAAUGGAAGAACCUCCAGAGACGACGCGACGACGAAGACGCUGAGGUGGAUCUCCCUCCAGAAGGUCACCACCAAGGGCCAGAGUUUUCUGCCUUGAGGGUUGUCCAGAGUGACGAGGCCGACACUGAAAUUAGACCCGAUAGAGACACCUUGAGCGCGCCCUCGCUCCAAAUGUCCCAAGAUGGCGGAAUACAAGGUACUGAACCCAAGCCGGAAGACAUUGUGUUGCAGGAGGGAGAUUAUCAACGGCAGAUGAAAAGUUUAGAGUUGCAGGAACGAGAAGAUGGGGACCUGGGGGAGCACAGUGAGCUACAGCAACAAGGAAGUCAUCAGAAUCAUGAAGCACGGCAAGUCAGUGAGGUAAGUGACCAAGAUAUUGAAGCACAAGAGGGUGACCAGAGUAGCCAGCCUGUUAUUGAUCACAACCAAGAUAUUGUUGCUACACAUGAUCGCCCCAACCUCGUAUCUGACCAUAUAUCUCCCACCCACACCAUCUCUCAGCACCUCCUCACUACAUCCCCUCACGCCCACACGCCCUCCGACACCCCUGCUACUGCGUCAGUCGUUACCUCCGCCCACUUACUCCCUCAAGAGGAAAGGCGGCGUGAAAGCACACAGGAAACUCGUGAGGGAUUACUCGGAGAGGAGGGUCAAAUCUCCAUGAUUUCCACCUCGCGAGGGGAAUAUAAUGUCAGGGAUGAAGAAGAGAAGAGGGAAGACCCGCCAACGCAAGGAUCUGAGACCUCUACAGACGUUCAUAGUCCCGAGGAAGACGCUGUAGCCAAGGCUCAUCACGGGGAAGACGCUACUGGUGGUACUCCCGCCAGAGAGACUUUAUCACUGCGAAAUGAUGACAAUGAGGACUCACAGCCCUAUCAGAGCGCUUCACUUUCCUCAUCAUCAAGACGUAGUGAGAUAAAUAUUGAUUAUGAAAUGCCGUCACUCGAUGUCCCGCGUCCCCCUGAUGGUCACAACCAACAGUCGCCCGGUAAUGCUCCUAGAUCCGAGAUCCUUCCAGGAAUUUCCAGGGUGAUGACACCUGACAAUCAGAAAAGACUAACAGACCAACUAGUCCCCUCCUCGGGACCAGCCCCAGCGUCCUCAUACAUCCAGGAGUGGGAGGAGAGUGAAGUGGGAAGCGACAGUGAAGGCUCCUUGAACAACGAGAGUGAAGGUAUAGUUGAAUUGACACCGUUCUCUGAUAUCGACACUCCUCCAGACGCCCAUGUGAGUAAUAGAAAUUCUUACGUAGAUGUUAGUGGCUCUCUAGCUCUUCCCGUCAUCGGAAAUAUGUCACUGCAAAAGACACCGGCUGCUGUGAUGGAGCAACAGGCCGAUGUUGGAAUCACCAGCAGUGAUGGAAUUGGAAUCAACGACGUAACGGCUAAAGAUCAAAGAGACAAAACAAGAAACGGUAUCUCUCUUUCCAGGAGCAACCAAACUGGAGAAAUUGCCGCCAAGGGUCUCUCGGCCCCCACGACACACACCACCCACAAUGUUAUUCUGCCAGAGGAGUAUAAACGCCAGAAAAGUAUCGAAUCUUUGGGAAAGCAAUCAGCUCCCGGGUCUCUAGAAGCAUCCGCCAGACCGAGUUACAGUGAGCGUAAGGAAUCUAGUAUCGAUACCAGGGGAUCUGAAGCCAACCAAGGACACUCUUUCCUUUCAAGAAGCAAUCAAGUGGUCGGUGAUCCCAAUCAGGAGUCCGUCCACGCUCAGGUCAGCUCACGGGAUCCUGUUGAGGAAAAUAGAGAAGAUCAGAACCCGUCUCUAUCGAUCUGGAGCGAUGGCACUGUGGACGUGGACGGUAAUAUGAUGAGUUCUGAUGAGGACAAUUACGAUAGUAAUUAUUCUCACGACCUCAUUGGGAUCCCCGAUUACGAAUCCUCAUACGAGGAUGAGGAUAACGAAGAAAGGAACAAUAGUGACGACGGAGUAGAAAAAGAGGAUAAUUUCAGGCACGAGGGUAUUGAAGAGGACGAGAGGGAUCUCGAGAGGAUUCCAGGAGGCUCACUGGAUCGCGCUCUGGAAGGUUCAUUACUGGACGAGGAGAGUGACGGCAAACCCUCCGGGCGGCCCCACACCACCCGUCUCCUCACCACUUCUACACCACACUUGUCUUUGCCUACACAAGCUGAUCACCGUUCACCUGACUGGAUUUCUCCUGAAGAAAAUGACGACCAAAACAACACUGACGAAGGAGACGACGCUACACAUGGAUCUUGGGUAGCAGCUGGAGGUGGUCUUAACAGUUCCCCCGACGGCAUCAUUUCACAUACAAGCAGUAGUAGCAGCAGCGGCAGUAGUAGUUUCUAUGGCAACAGCAACACCACUCCACAUGACAGCAGCAGCGCCUGGUCGGCUGGAUCACAUCACAGUGUUAUGCCCCAUCGCGAACCAUGGCAAUCCCAGGAUUCCCCAUGCAAAUGUUCGUGUCAGUGCGAUGGAGGUGAGAAUCCUCUAAUAAUGCCAGGGCGUGUCGCGGCAAAUCUCAAUUCUGAGGCUGGUGUUGGUGGCCCGGGCCAUGUGGACCCGGCCCCGCCCCCGGGACACCGCCACCGCCACCACCACGGUGAACCAAGGGGUACCUCUCACUCGCACCACAACAUAACACCCCUCUCCUCUUAUCCGCCCGAAGAUAGUGGUGCACCAGUUCUCAUAGACACUCACACCUCCGUUGAUACCCACGUAUCCAUAGACGCCCACACACCCACACCGCCUCUGGAGGGCCAUUCUACCCCCCUAAAUAUGGUACUUGAGGCUCCCAGGACCGGAGAAGUCUUGCCUGAAGGCGGCGGCGAAGGUUACGCGACUGUUGGUGGGGCGAACACGGUGGAAGAUACUGUAGUGAUCAGGAAAUACAGUUAUACCUUUGUUAACGCCCCAGCCGUGACACACGUUAUGGAGGCUCCUGAUGUGGUGCUAUCAGGGUCCACAGCCCCGACCUUAGAGCCCACGAGUGUCACCAACAUCCCCGGGGGAGCCACCAUCCACGCCACGCUCAUAAUGGAUCCUCCAGAUGGCGAGGCAGUGCGACGUCCCCAGCAGGUGGCUCCCCCUGACGGAGCCUCGUUCUUGGCUCUGGCGCUGGGAGAGGAGAAAGCCUUCACCCUCGCCCCUUACGGCUACUGGAACAUCCACCUCACCCUCAACUACCACACCGACAUCAGGAUAUCUCUCACCAUCCCCAGGGGCACGUCGCUUGGCCUGUACGCCCGCCGCAGUGCCUUGCCUACCCACACACAACACGACAUCAUGAAGAUUCUGAGAGGGACCCAUCAACGCGACACGAGGACUUCCCCGAGCAUGGUGGAGGUGUCGGUGGAGGAGGUGCUGGAGGCCGGAGAGUGGUUCCUGUCCAUCUACAACGACGAUGGAGACCCUCACCAGGUGGCGCUGGUCAUCAGCCGCGGUCCUGGAGGAGGGGAGUGUCCACAGCGGUGCCACGAGCGAGGCCACUGUAUCCUGGGGCGGUGCCAGUGUGAGCCAGGCUACAGCGGCGUCGACUGUUCACAUGUGUUGUGUCCCAUCCUGUGCUCAGGCCAUGGUAACUACAUGAACGGGCAAUGCAGGUGUGACUCUGGGUUCAAGGGAAAGGAGUGUCAACUACGGCACCAUGAAUGUGAGGUGCCAGACUGUAACGGCCAGGGUCAGUGUACCAAUGGUCAGUGCCGCUGUGCUAAGGGCUACACUGGCGAGUUCUGCCAAACAGUGGACUGCCCCCACCCAACAUGCUCAGGUCAUGGUUGGUGUGUGGGGGGCUUAUGCGUCUGCCAGAAGGGGUGGCGGGGUGUAGACUGCUCCGAAACCGACCUAGAUGCCCUCCAGUGUCUCCCAGACUGCAGUCCUCACGGCGCCUUUGAUAUUGAGACUCAUUCCUGUGUCUGUCAUGCACCCUGGACAGGCUCUGACUGCUCCAAAAAGAUGUGUUCCCUAGACUGUGGGCUGCACGGUGUGUGUGAAAAUGAUAACUGCACCUGUGACGAGGGCUGGAAGGGAGAUAACUGCUCUGAGAAGCUCUGUGAUUCCAGAUGCAGCGAACAUGGGCAAUGCAAGAAUGGCACUUGCGUGUGUAUGACUGGCUGGAAUGGUCGCCACUGUACGCUCUCUGGCUGCCCUGGCAAUUGUCGUAACCGUGGAACUUGUGAAGCCUUAUCUGAUGGAACUUGGUACUGUCGCUGUGAGACCGGGUGGGAUGGACCAGAUUGCUCUGCCAUGCUUGAGACCCAGUGCAAUGAUGAAAUGGACAAUGAUAGAGAUGGCCUAACGGACUGUGAGGACCCUGAGUGCUGCAUCCACCAGGUGUGCAAGGAAUCCCAACUUUGUGUAUCCCAAAUCUCAUCCCCCAUUGACAUCCUCUUAAGGAAGCAACCCCCAGCAGCAACAGCUUCUUUCUUUGAGAAGAUGAGAUUCCUCAUUGAGGAUGAUUCACUGCAGCACUUUACUAAUAGCGAAGCAUUUAAUAUGAGUGUUUUUUGGAACCACUUCCACCCGAGGAGGGCGGCUGUGGUCCGUGGGCGUGUAGUGACUCGUGCAGGCAGGGGCGUUGUGAGCCUGAGGGUGGCAACCGGUGAGAGCCUGGAAGGAUUCACUCUAACAAGACGAGAUGGAUGGUUUGAUAUUAUGGUCAACGGAGGAGGUACUGUUACAAUCUCUUUCGGCAAGCCUCCUUUCAGCCCCAAAACGAUUCGUGUGAUGGUGCCAUGGAAUGAAGUAGUGGUGUUGGACGACAUUGUGAUGACGGUUACGGGUUUGGCCGGUAAUGAGCAUACAUAUGAAUACCAUGACCACACACAGCGACACUUAACUUCCCACUGCCCACUCCAUGAUUAUGAUCUCCUGAGGCCAGUUGUGAUGGCCACUUGGCAGAAUGUUUUCCAAGGAGAGUGUCCAGAUGUUGAUGCCAUCUUGGUGGAGUCACAAGCAGUACAGGAGUCUGUGCAGAUCCCAGGGACAGAGAUAUAUCUGGUUUAUCAUUCAUCCAGGGCUAAUGGAUACGAGUCAACCAUUAGGAUGCAGCUGACACCAGACCACAUCCCACCCACCUUGAGGAGGAUCCACUUGAGGAUAGUUCUCGAGGGCACCCUUUUCACUCGGGUCUUUGAGGCAGACCCCAAUAUAAAAUUCACCUAUGCCUGGGACCGUCUAAAUGUGUACAGGCAGCGGGUGCAUGGUGUAACUGUGGCGCAGGUAUCAGUGGGUUAUGAACAUGCUUCUUGCCCAAAGAUCAUUUGGGAGCAUCAGACAACUAAGGUGGCAGGCAAUGAUCUCCACAUUUCUAGGGUUGGUGGCUUCAAUCUUCAUGUCCAUCAUGCUUACAACUACCAUCAGGGCAUCCUGCAGAAGGGUGAUGGCCAAAAUAUCUAUCUUGCUGGCCAGCGGCGUCUUGUAACAACCUUAUUAGGCACAGGAGAACAGAGAGAGGUCAACUGUGGUGAAGGAUGUGAGGGGAGAGCCAACCUCUCCCCCCUUCUUGCCCCCACAUGCCUAGCUGCUGCCCCAGAUGGUUCUCUGUAUGUUGGGGACUUCAACCUUAUUCGCAGAAUCAAGCCUGAUGGUACUGUCAUCACUGUUGCCAAACUCAAUGAGACUCGUGUAUCAUACCGGUACCACGUUGCUGUGUCACCGUUGGAUGGGUCAGUUUAUGUGAGUGACCCUGAAGCUCACCAGGUGCUGAAGCUGAAGACAACUGAGAAUGUGCAAGACCCACACCACAACACCAUUCCCGUGGUAGGCUCUGGUCAGCGCUGCCUCCCAGGGGAUAGGAACAAGUGUGGUGAUAGAGGUUAUGCUAUCCAUGCCAGGCUAACUUAUCCUAAAGGACUUGCCAUCUCAUCAACUGGGGAAGUCUACAUUGCUGAUGGGACUAACAUCCGUGUGGUGGACACUGGUGGCACCAUCUUCACAAUUAUUGGUGGUCACGAUCACCGCUCCCAUUGGGCACCUGUCCCGUGCAAUGGCACCAUCAACAUGGAUCAGCUUCACCUCCGCUGGCCCACUGAACUGGCAAUUUCCCCACUGGAUGGUUCACUUCACAUCCUUGAUGAUCACCUGAUUCUUAGAGUCACCCCAGACAAUCGGGUCCAGGUGUUGAGUGGACGAUCACUGAAUUGCCCAACCCCACUUCACGAUCCUCCCGAUGUUUCCCGGACUGCACUCCUCCUCAAUCCACAAUCCAUUGCCUUCUCACCCCAAGGGGAGCUGUAUGUUGCUGAAAGCGACACCCAACGUAUUAACCGAGUACGCAUCAUUACUAGUGAUGGCCGUAUCUCGAUCUUUGCUGGUGCAGAUUCUCGUUGUAACUGUAGAGACCCAACUUGUUACUGCCAUACCUUUGACAAUGUCUCUGCCUCCUCUGCCAUCUUCUCUUCCAUAUCAUCCAUUGCUGUUACACCAGACAGUGUUCUUCACAUCAGUGAUCAAGCUGGAUACCGCAUUAGAUCUGUGCGAACUGUCCUCCCAGAGCUUAAUGUUCUUAAGCAGUACGAGAUAUACUCCCCAGAUGCCCACGAGGUAUAUGUCUUCAACAGGUAUGGUCAGCACGUUGAAACUCGAAACCUCGUCACAGGCCGGACUAUUUACAAAUUUUCAUAUAGCAUUCAUUCUAGUGCCGGAAAGUUAUUGACAGUGACUGACGGUGCAAGUAACAGAUUCCAACUCAUCCGCAACUACUUUGGAGAUGUCACAGCAAUUGAAAACCCACAGAAUGAUCGAGUAAAGAUUAAUUUAUCAAUGUAUAAGAUGCUGCAACAACUGGUGGCUCCAGACGGCUAUAAUAUUACUUUCCGCUACCACGGUGCCACAGGUCUGAUGCGCUCUAAGAUUGAGGCCGUUGGUCGAUCCUACAGUUAUGACUAUGACGAACAAGGCCGUCUAACACAAGCAGUCUUGCCAACUGGUCAGAUCAUUCAAUUAACCUUCGACCUAAGUACAAGAGGGGCCGAGGUCAUUGUUACACGGGAUGGGAAGAGUCCAGUGAAGACAAGAGUGCGAGGAAAUACCUUAACUCACAACUCAGGGCCUGUGGAAGCAGUGGCAGACAUAGGUGGAGAGGGACAGCUGCGGCUGGUGACAGCUUGGGGUCAUGAGGUAUCUCUGGAGAGAACCUCCUACCGAGUGUUGGAGUCUACUAACCAGAUCAGUGCAGAGAUGUUCCCCAUUUUGUCUCGCCAGCAGACACACAUCAGUGGAGAACUUGUCAAUCGGUAUGAGUGGAUCUACUCCCCUGCCACCCAACAUGUUGCUGGGCAUGGCAUGAAGGUUGCUGGGACACUUAGGGUGAAUGGCGCCGACCUCCUGACCCUGAGCUAUGACCCAGCCUCGUCAUCAGAGACGCUGCUCUCAGUCUCGGGCCAAAUGCUUAUCAACAUAACAUAUGACUCUGUCGGGCGGCCUGUCAACUGGGUACCAGUGUCACCUUUGGUUCCUAGCAAUGUUAGUUAUGAUCAUUGGGGACAUAUCACUGGAUGGACCCGAGGAAACUUGUCCGAGGAGUACGAAUACGAUGUCACCUCUCUGCGGCUUCAGUCUGUAACUUAUGCCGACGGUGCCACAAUCACUUAUGACUACAGAGAAAAAUCACCAAAGCCUGAGAAGGUAACACAUCCUAGUGGUCGUGCAUAUGGGUUGGUAUAUGAUGGUGCAGGAUCCCUGCGUCAAGUGGUCACUCCCCGCGGUUCAGCUUACACCCUCCACCUCUCCACUUCUCUCGGUUUUUACAGACUUCGGCUAGCACUACCAGUAGACAGCAUUGCACUGCAGAUCCGACUGGAUGAACGUGGACGUAUGUUGGCCAUGACGCAACCUGGACGAGGGGGUACACUCCUUUACGAAUAUAAUGAUGCAGGCCAGCUCCAUGCUGAGCAUUAUGGCCAUAGUAAGACUGAAUAUGUAUACUAUGACAAUGGUCUCAUCCGCAAUGCUAAAACAAAACACAAACAUGUCGAUAUCAAGACCGAUUAUCGCUAUCAUGCAGGACUAAUGAAAGAGAUGCGCUUGCGUUAUGGAGGCAAGAGUGACUUGCAUCAUGUCAAGUUGCGCUUCCAAUACGAUGGCUCGGCACGGCUACGCAAACUUGAUGGAGAAAUUAACAAUGAUUCUCCUCUUAAAGAAGUAUACAUUCGUUUUGACAAUCAGACAGGUGUUCUUCAGACGAUCAGUGAUCUUCGAAUUAUAAGGAACAAUAUCUUGGAGACAAUGCUCCAGAAUCCUAAGAAGCAUUAUGUCAAUACUCGUAAACAGGAUGAUUAUGGCCGUCUCUCUCAGGUAGUCAUGACACUCAAGGGCAGAACGGUAUUCAUGAUGCAGCUCACAUAUGACAACCGCAGUAGGAUAUCAGAACGGCUAAUUGAGCUCGCUGGUCGCCGAGAACGUCUCACCAUUACCUACAUGGCUGAUGGACAGAUCCAGGAAACAGGAGGAACUCACACUUGGCUCUACAGUUAUGAUGAGAAUGGCAACAUCAUCAGCAACACUGAUACGGGUGACACAAAGACCCUUAUUUAUGACGAAUGUGACAGAGUCACCUCCGUUACUGGUACUCAGGUUCAAUAUGAUGAUAGGGGCUUUGUCAUUAAAUUUUUUAACGAAAACUAUGAUUAUAAUAUCAAAGGCCAACUUGUUACAGCCUGGGAUACAGAAAGAAGUUGGUCAUUCACUCUAGGUUAUGAUCAUCUUGGCCGUGUCUCUAUCUAUCGUGACCACAAUAACAGUGUCACUCAGUUUAUCUAUGGACGACCUGACCUUCCUCAGCUAAUCACACAUGUGCACAACCCUCACACAGGAGACACUAUUGGUCUCCUCUAUGAUGACAGGAAUCAUUUAAUUGUAAUUGAUGAACAAGAUGGUCGCUACUUUGUGGCAACAGAUCAAACUGGCACACCCUUAGCCAUAUUUGAUGACGAGGGUUUACUCGUCUCCAGUCUAGUUUGGACACCAUUUGGUUACCAGUUGAGUGAAGUUGGCACCAAAUCUAUUUGGGUGGGUGUUGGGCCUUGGGGCAAGUUUAGGGAACCGCUAUCAGGCCUGGUAAUCUUCAAAGGCUAUGCUUAUCAUCCAAAGCUCCUCCAGUGGAUGUCUCCUCGCUGGGGACAUCUCACACAACCUACACGACACGUGACAGAUGUGUUUGUCUACAGAUUCAUGAACAAUAAUCCCUUCAAUCAUCCAACAGAUCAUCUCAGACACUACUACACAGAUGUGUCUGACUGGCUGGAGUUAUAUGGCAUCGAAUUGAGCCGUGUGCUGGGCUCUGAGUACCACGAGAACACCUUGGUGGCGCCUCGCCCUGUCGUAGCUGUAGACGAGAUGGGUGCCUCAGAAGUUGUGAGUGGCUUGUGGUGCCAGUACAGAUCUGGCAUCAGACACCUCCAUGAUCUCAGCUUCUUCUCCCAAUCACACAUACAGCACCGGAUGGGCAUGUGGAAUGGUGUACCCAUCUCUCGUCAGGCAUCGAUCUUUGGUCCUGGAGUUCUCGUGUCGGAUAUUGAUGGUCGCGUCCUUGUGACAGGAGUUGGAGAAGAUGACUUUUCCGGUGUUAUUGGUGAUGUCAUUCGAACAGUACUCAACAAUUCAAUAAUAUUAGAUGUAAGCGCUACACGCAGUGGCCUCGAUACAUUCUAUUUUAUCAAGAACAGUCGUCCCCGUGCUAUUGAGGAUACCAACCACCUGCGGCGACUUUCUGGCAUCUUUAAUGUGACCAACAGUGAGACGGACCACGGCCAUGAGAUACGCAUGUCCACACCCACAGCCCACUUAGUCAUCAUGUAUGGGGAGCGUGUACAGAGAGCACGCAGCCGUGUUCUAGGAGAGCUGGAGGAGCAGGCGGAGGAGUUGGCAUGGGCAAGAGAAGCAGAACUUGUGAAUGCAGGGCGGCCUGGUACCCACGUUUGGUCACCUGUAGAGAGAACAGAGCUGUUAAGGGAGGGCCGUGUACCUGGGUAUGUGGUCACGUAUUUCCACUCUACCUCUGACUAUCCAAUCCUGGCAGCAGAUGCUUCAAAUAUUGUUUUCAAACACGAGAGUUCUCGUAAGCGUCGCAAGAGCCGCAGAAAGGGCCGCAAGAAGAGUUGGCGGCAGCGUAAGAAAGGUGCCGCUUGAAGCAACAAGACGUGCUAACCAAGGUUUUGGCAGUAAUGCUGUACCGCUGAACUUCCAGGCAUACGCUACUGAAUCUGCCUUUAUCGACAGAUUGUGAUAUAAUUGUACAUAUUUAUGUAAACUUAACAGAGUUUCGAUAUAUACGCAUACUGAGUGCGUUUUUGUUCUUUCUAUAUGAGGUGAAUUAAGAAUGUAACUUUCAUGAUUAUCAUCAUAUUAUAUUCAGUGUUCUUAAGAAACCCAACUGAACCCAUAUAUCAAUUAUGAAAACUUUUUGGUGUUUCUUUCAUGUGGUUUUUACUUACGGCUGUAUCCUGCGGUAAUCCUACGCUGUACAAUAUGUCAUGUAUUAUGUAAAGUAAAAUAAUGAGUUUUUAAUAAAUAUUUCGAUGUACAUUUA